GGAAAGAAUACACUUUUCUUAAUAUUCUUCCAGAAAGAAAUAAAAGCAAACACCACCAAAGUUCUCUACCAUUCUAGAACAAAUUGCAACAUACAUCUCAAAACCAUGAUAAGAUCCUAAGAAAAUUAGAAGUAAUUAUUUCUUGAUUUGUCUUUAUCACGAAAAAUUAAGGCAAAAUCAUGGUGUAGUAUUUGCAUGUAUAUAUAGAGACAGAAACAGCAUUUUAAUUAAGGCAUGGCCAUAAGAUCAGAGGCUUAUAAAUCAUUAGAAUUGGGUGCAUCUAAGGAUCAUGCUCAUGCCUUAGGGACACCCCUAGCUCUGCUCAACUUGUCUUCCAAUUGGGAGAGAUCCAUUUUGAAGAAUGAGAAAUUGUUGGUCACAACCAGAAAUAGUGAUCCAGUUACCAUCUUUCAUGGGUCAAAAGCACCAAAAAUGAGCAUUACACAGUACAUGGAACGCAUUUUGAAGUACUCUCGCUGCAGCCCUUCAUGUUUUGUGAUUGCACAGAUUUACAUUGACAGGUUUUUUCAGAAGAGGGGUGGAUCUCUCACUUCCUUCAAUGCUCAUCGUCUCUUGAUCACAAGCGUUAUGCUGGCUACAAAAUUUCUUGAUGACAAGUACUACAGCAAUGCUUACUAUGCUAAAAUAGGAGGAGUUAGUACAGAAGAGAUGAAUAGGAUGGAGAUAGAGUUUUUGUUUAAUUUGGAAUUUAGACUCUUUGUGACAACAGAGUUGUUCAUGAAAUAUUGUGAGAAGCUUGAUAAAACGGUUGAGUUGUUGAAGAAGUAAAUUCACCUAUCAUAGGUGCAGGUUGUAGUUCUAAGUGUGUGAUUAUGUGUUUUUCAUGGACAAAAGGAGCUUCAGCUCCCAAAUCAAAAACCUCUGUUGGAUAGCAUAGAAGAUAAAUGCUAUAAUGCUGGUUCCGGAUAUACUUAAAAAAAAAAAAAAAACCCUUAUAUUCCUACAAAAUUCUUAGGUAAACUAUGUAAAUUUAUUUUGCAUCCAAAUGUAACAUUAUUUUACGGCAUAUAGUUCAUGCUCAAUGAGUUAAUAACAUUUUAAUUAUGUGAUGA